AUGCCAUCCAGACUGAGGAAGACCUGGAAACUUCGGGGCCACAUGAGCCACGGCCAUGGCCUCAUCGGCAAGCACAGGAAGCACCCGGGAGGCCGAGGUAAUGCUGGUGGCUUGCAUCAUCACAGGAUCAACUUCAACAAAUAUCACCCAGGUUACUUUGGGAAAGUUGGUAUGAGGCACUACCACUUCAGGAGGAACCAGAGCUUCUGCCCCACUGUCAACCUGGAUAAACUGUGGACCUUGGCCAGUGAGCAGAUGCGGGUCAAUGCUGCCAAAAACAAGACCGGAGCGGCUCCCAUCAUUGAUGUGGUGCGAUCGGGCUACUACAAAGUUCUGGGGAAGGGAACGCUCCCAAAGCAGCCUGUCAUUGUGAAGGCCAAACUCUUCAGCAGAAUUGCUGAGAAGAUUAAGAGUGUUGGUGGGGCUUGUGUGCUGGUAGCUUGA